AUGUUAUUCCUUUGGAAGUACAACUUAAAAGCUUUAUUAUUAAAAAUGUGGCUUACGUUUUCUGCAUACAAUUCACUGGUGAAGGUUAUCAUAUGAUCGGCCAGGCCCUACUAUAAUUUUACUUGUUUUCGGUUAAAUAGAAAAUGUGGUGAUGUGAACCAUAGUGCACAGGAAUUAGUUAAAAGUUUUAUGGUUUCAUCAUGGAUCCAAAACAUUACUAAAUCAAAAAUGAAACUUCAUUUAUAAAAUCCAAAAAUUUCCAUAGUAACAAGAUUUAUCAAUCAAACAACUUUAAACAAAUACCUACGAAGAAUUUUGUUUUUUAAUUAGAAACAAAGAAAGCAUUUCAGUUCUUGUUUAAUUUAGAUAAAUCAGUUUAUUCUUAAUAAUAAAUAACAUGGAACACGAAGAAGAUACAACCAACAUGCUAUUGGAGGAGAUAAGAAAUGAAUUGAUUUCAAUUAUUGAUGAGGGCAUUGAAUCCAAAAUUGAGCCUAAUAAUGAGGAACUUAAAGACCUGAAAUCUCCCAAACUAGAUUUAAAUAAUGCAAGUGAAAUUUGUACGCCUAGUACAACUGGCUGUCGAAGCAACGGUACAAUGAGUAAAGAAAUUGCUUCAACAAGAAAUGCUAUAUUGGACAACUCUAAUAUCAGCAGCAUUACUGAUGAUAUACAUAAAAUGCAAUAUGAAUUGGAUUCAUGCUGCAAACUAUUUCAAAAUAUAGGUGAACGUUUUGAAAAUAUUAACUUUGGUUGUUUAAAAAAUCGCAUCAAAGAUUUACAUUUAAACGAACGUAGUUCUGAUUCGUUAAAGUCUAUUGUUGAUGAUUUGAAACAUUCUUUUGAUGAAAAAUACAUGGAAAAUCGUCUUAAUGAAUUGACCAAAGAAGUUUCAACCAAAUUUCGUAAUCAUCCUGGUGAGUUUGGAGAUAUUCCAGAAAUAAGUGAGUUUUUUCGUACGUGCACUAAGUUGGACCAGGGUUUGGAAAAGUUACGACGGCAACGGGAUGAUUGCAUGUUUUUACAAAAACGUAUGGCAAGAGUAGCCGAAGCUUCAUACGAACGUGUAAAUCAUAUUCAACAACAAAUAAUACAAGAAGAAGAGUGUAAUAUAAUAAAUGAAAACAAAAUUUGUGAAUAAUUUAUCAGCCUACUGCAUAAAGUAAAUGCAUAUGUACAUAUAAUUUUCGAAUAAAGAAGUUUAUUAAAAUAAAUAGUCAAUAUUU